AUAGACAGAAACUCACACAGGUUUGGAGCAACAUGAGGAAGAGUAAAUGCUGAUGAUCAUUUGUAGGUGAAUUUUCUCUGUGAAACACACUGAAGUAUGUACUGUGACUGUAACUUGUGUAAACACACAGCGCUUGAGGAUCAGGACACACCCUCGUGUCGUAAAGCAUCAUGUGACUAAUAGUUCCCGCUCAAAUAGCGAGGCGAGGCUCAGAUCACGGCAGUAUCUCGCACCGCCUCCGAGUUCAUUUCUCAAACUCUAAUCAUUAGCGGACAGCAGAGCUUUCAACACGAGCGGAGGAAGAGUCGAGGCUAAAGCACAGACCAACACGACCGAGCCGAGGUGAGACGCUCCGAUCUUCAUCAUGAAGGAUUCAUGGCCUUUCUGUUUCAAGUCAAACGCUGUGAUUCUGUGCUUUGUGAGUUUGAUGAUUAACAGUGGUGAUAACGGAGCAGAUAAGCAGAACUAAAGUCAAUAAGUCCACACAGAGCGACUGACAUCAUGGAGGAGAACAAGGAAGUGCAAAGAGACUGGAAAAAACUGGAGCCGAGUCUGGAGGUGAAGAUCUUCCUCACAGUGCUGUACUGCCUCAUCCUCGUCCUGGGGAUCCUGGGAAACAGCGUCACCAUCCACGUGGCACAGGUGCUCCAGCGGAAGGGAUACCUGCAGAAGAGCGUGACGGAUCACAUGUUGAGUCUGGCCUGCUCUGAUCUGCUGGUGCUGUUGAUCGGGAUGCCCGUGGAGCUCUACAGUGCCAUCUGGUUCCCCUUCUCGUCCUCCUCCGGUGACGCCGCCUGCAGGAUCUACAGCUUCCUGUUCGAGGCCUGCAGCUACGCCACCAUCCUCAACGUGGCCUCGCUGAGCUUCGAGCGCUACUUGGCCAUCUGUCACCCGUUCCGCUAUAAAGCUCUGUCCGGCAGCCGCACCACGAAGCUGCUGCUGUCCGCAUGGAUGUGCUCGGCGCUCGUGGCUCUGCCGCUGCUCGUGGCCACAGGAACCGAGGGAUACGUCCCCGAGGGCCGCCGGACACCAGUGCAGAACCUGACCUUCUGCACCAACCUGAGCCAGCACUGGGUCAUGUACCGCACCAGCAUCUUCACUGCGUUCACGCUCUAUCUGCUCGUCCUGGGCGCCGUGGCCUUCAUGUGCAGAGCCAUGAUCGCUGUUCUCCGGGCCCCGAUGGGACCCAACGAAUCUGAUGCCAACGGAGAUGGACCCAAACACGAGAGCGCACGGCUGAAAGCGUCACGCAAACAGACCAUCCUCUUCCUCGUGCUGAUCGUCUGCGCUCUGCUCGUGUGCUGGAUGCCCAAUCAGAUCCGCAGGCUGAUGACGGCGGCGGUGCCCAAGUCGGCGUGGACCGUGAGUUACCUGCGCAGCUAUGUGAAGCUUAAUCCGGUGGCCGACAGCUUCUUCUACCUGAGCUCGGUGCUGAACCCGCUGCUGUAUAACCUGUCCUCGCGCCAGUUUCGCUCGGCGUUCCUGCAGACGCUCCUGUGCCGUCUGUCACUGCAGCACAUCAACAGAAGAACACUGGAGAGCAGCCUGGCCUCCAAGAGCUCCAGAAACACCUCUCGACCCCUGCUGCGGCGGUCACUAGAUCGUAUACGGACAAUUACCAGCGACAGAUCGACUCCUCCAUCAUCAGGAGAGAGACAAAACCCUCCGAACCCCACCGACAGACCACCACACGCAGACCCGCUGACCUCUGACCCACAGGAGGACGAGAUAAACCAACCUACUGCACUACCUAACACUAACUGAUGAACAAACCAGCUGGAGAAGACUAUAGACCACCGUAGACC